AACCGUCUCCAGUCCCUGAUUGCGAGUCCUCUUUUCUCCCACUCGCAACCUCACAAUCUCAUCUCCUCUGCCUAUCCGAAGCUUCUUCCUACAUACGAAAUGGCGCACAACAUGACCGACGCUGAGCUCGACCUCGACUGGCAGCCCAAUGGCCGCCGCCCUCAAUCUACCAUUGCUCGUUCCUUCUCCCAGGAGCUUGCCGACAUCUUCCGCCUCGACGAACCCGUCACAGACGAGAAGCUUGACCAACGAAAGCAGAAUGUCCAGAGCCAGACAAGCGAGCUUGAAGCUCUCGAGCGUCGCAUCCGCGAGAUGGAGGAGCGGUUGAAGAACAACAACGUCAACAAGCAAGCCGCAACACAGCCUGCUGCUGCCGCGGGAGAUGCUGCACCAGCAUUGUCAAAGGAAGCCCAAGAGAAGGCCAGGUCACGACCAGGUACGGCGCGCCAGAACCAGCCUCAUGCCCCGUCUUCGGCGAACAUGCCGCCCACGCCUACUGCCAGCGAAGGUGAAUACGAAUUUGUCGGCAAGGAUGACCUUGACGACCACCCACCCCGACACUAG